AUGACAAGUCAGGAUAGUAAGUUUGAAAACUUAGACCAGAAUAAUAAAAAUUUAGGUAGAAGACCAUGUGCUCCAAUCUGGAGUUUUUUUAUAGAAGGAGAAGAAAUAGAUCCAGGUCAUCGUUCAGUUACUUGUAAAUGUAGUGUUUCUUGGAAAAGAGAAAGUGCAAAUAAAUCAGCUGAAGACAUUAGAAAGGUGUUAUAUGAUGCAGAUCUUUAUGAAGAGGCUGAUAAUAUUACCUUCGAACAAGCUAUAAUGGAUGCUAAUAUUGAUCAGUCUAGCAUUGAUGAUGAUAAUGACGUUGUUUCAGAAAAGUUUUUUGAGUUAGAAAAAACUUUAGAUUUGUCAAAUUCGUCAUUUUUAUCAGAAGCAAGUAGACAAACAGAAGUAGACGUAGCAAAUGAUGAUGCUUUUGAGGUAGACUCAAAUGACUGGCUAGAAGAAUUUAAUCAAGAAGAAGAUUAUGAUCCAGCUGAAUUAGAAGAAAUGUUUAUUAACUAG